AUGCCGUUGUCAUACAACAAGUUAGACCCCAGCGCCAAACAGAUUCGUCUUUUGACUAUCUUUCCGGAUGAGAAUGACGAGAACCUUGUUCGAGCAUCGCUCCAUACCGUGUCUCUCAACGAUGCCUGCGACUUCGAGGCCUUGUCUUACGUAUGGGGUGACACCUCUGUGACCGUGGACAUCUCAGUUGAUGACUGCAUUAUUGGUGUAACAGCGAAUCUGCAUGCUUUCUUGCGGGGACUUCGCCAGCCUGAUACAGAACGCACGGUGUGGGUUGAUUAUGUCUGCAUCAAUCAGAACGAUAUCUCGGAGCGGAACUCGCAGGUUCCUUUGAUGUGUCAAAUCUAUUCGACUGCCACGUCGGUGGUUGCUUGGUUGGGAGAUCUGGAGCCGGAAGCACUGAAGCUCAUCGAGUGGUAUCAUGCCAACCAAGAUGGGCUUUACUAUAACAGCACCGGUCUUCAUGAUAUUUUCGAAGCCAUAGCGGUGCUCUGUUUAUCUGCUAACGCACUGUGUACCGCGCAGUAUUGGCAUCGCCUGUGGACAUUCCAAGAGUGGCAUCUCUCGAGAAAUGCCGUUGUAUGCAUGCAUGGAAAAACGACUUUUAUCAUAGGGAACUUCUUCGAACGAUUAAACGACGAGAUCGUCGCUGUCAGGCGUUUUGUUAUGGUUCUUACCUCCUCAGGGGGCGCAUUAUCGAUAGCAGAUACAUUCGAGACGGAAGAUCUUUACAAUUUCAUUCGUUUCCUACUUGAAAGGCAGCAAGAACUCGACAGUCUCUUGAAUAAGAUCCCUCGAGAUAUUCUGCUCCUCAAUCGAGAUACCCCGCGUCCAUCUAGGCUUGGGGACUUGCUAUUGCUUACGGUUGACCGGCAUUGCAGUAAUCAACUGGACAAUGUAUAUGCGUUAUAUGGGCUUUCUCCAGCGGCUAGGGAAGCAUACCCUCCCGACUAUCGAAAGACCAUCAGCCAGGUCAAUCAUGAAACAACGUGCUUUGUCUUGGGACACGAAGCCAAUAUAAGUAUAUUCGAUGACUUUGAUUUUUGUUUCAACUCCUCUAACAAGGAGGACUCACUCCCUUCAUGGGUUGUCGACUUUACCACGACGGAUCCGGCGCACCGAGCAAAGAUGCAACAAAACUUUUCCAAAUCAUUGCAUUUGAAUAAGGCUCCCUGGAAGCCAAUUCAGGAUCAUGCCCCUAUAGUCACAGAUAAUAUGCACACACUCAAGCUCUGGUGUCAGAGGAUAGGGGUUGCCUCUCCUCCAUACUUGUUUGAGUCACCAGCCCUGGACUGUCUUGGGCAGGUACAGGCGCUUGCCAAAACCGCCGCAAGGCCCGAUAAUAUAUUUGAAGCUACUUUUAACUACACUGGUUGCUAUAGUUAUUUUAUCCCGGAUACAUUCCUCGAUAUCAUGAAAAUUUCUGUCUCUGAUGAGCAUGAAAAGUUUCUGGAGGCAACGAAAGGAUCUCUCCCAGCGCUUCGCCUCUGUUUUGAAAAGCUUACAGAAAAGCGAUUUUUUACGAUGGCCACCUCAUCUGGAAGGAGUAUUGUUGGCUUUACGGAUUGUGAGAUUGAAGAAGGUGAUCAUAUUGUCGUCCCCUGUGGCAUCGUCCAAGUGUUUGUUCUCCGCCCUAUCCCAGAGAAGAUGCUUGUGGAUGGUGAAAAGGCCCAGUGCUUCAAGGUCAUUGGGCGGGCUUUCGUCGAGAGCAUAUCACAUCCAGAGGGAACUACUCCGGAUCCUCUCCGUUCCGAAUUGAAGAGGACGCCUGCUACACAGUUUUGUGUUCGAUAA